UCUUCCACCUAGUGGCAAUUGUUUCGACUACAUUUGUAUUCUUUUCAAACUUUUGUUGAAAGCCGCGUGACCGCAGCGCAGUUUCUUCACUUCAUUUAUAUUAUAUGUUAUCUAUUGUUGGUUAAGGGAACUUCUUGUUACGUCAUUGAGUUAGGAAUUUGUCAUUGCACAACUCUUCCAAAGACGAAUUGUCAACCAUACCCGUAGUUAAAACUGUGACUCAUCUGGUGCCCACUCGUCACAAUUCUUUACACUAGCUGCCAUUGCAAGCAGUAGGAGUUGUAUGAAUCAGCUCUCAUUCUCUAACAAGAUUUCAUCACCUGUUGCUUCUCUACUCUAGUCGUCAUGUCUAAAUCGAACGUAGGACCACGAGUAUUAAUCUUGGGUGGUUGUGGAUUUAUAGGCAGACACCUUGUUUCAUUUCUUGUCAAUGAAGAACUAGCAAGCCAUGUACGAGUUGUUGACAAAGUUCCCCCACCAAUGGCUUGGUUGAACCAGAGUCAGCUAAAGGCAUUUGACAACUCAAUUGUCGAGUUCAAGAGUGCCAACCUUUUAAACACAGUAUCCAGAGAAAAUGCAUUCGCUACUGAUGAUAACAACAUGGUUGCCGAUUGGGACUUUGUUAUAAAUCUUGCAGCAGAAACCAAACAUAACCAAACACAUGCUGUCUAUGAGCAAGGGACAGUUCCUUUAAGUGUUGGGUGUGCCGAACUGGCAGCAAAACACAAGGUCAAACGAUAUGUGGAGCUGUCCGACAGUCAUCUCUACUCAGGAAAGAAGAAACCAGCCCAAGAAGGAGAUGUAGUUGAGCCUUAUACUUUAAUUGCUGAGUGUAAACUAGAAGUGGAAAAAGAAUUAAAAAAAAUUGACCAACUGAAUUACGUCGUCCUACGACCAGCCAUCAUUUAUGGUAUAGGAGAUCGUGUUAGUCUCACUCCUUGGCUGAUCCUCGGAGCUAUCUAUCGUCACCUAGGAGAAACUUUGCAAUUACUAUGGCAUAACGAAGUUCAUAACAACACUGUUCAUGUAACUGAUGUCUGCCGGGCCAUUUGGCACGUUUGCAAUUCCAACCAAGUAUCAUCUGGUCAAGUUUUUCACGUAUCGGAUGAUGCCGAUACGACAUUAGGCGAUUUAGCUGAAAUCAUAGCUGAUUUGUUUGAAAUAAAGUACAAGUUUGUCGGGAAAAUGUUGUCUACUUUAGCCAAGCUUGAUUUGAAAACUACUGCAGAGGAUGCCAAUGACAAACACCUUCCUCCAUGGGCUGAGAUCUGUCAAUCUACUGGAAUCAGUAACACGCCACUUAGCCCAUACGCUACUGUGGAGAACAUUUCAGGACGAAAUCUUUGGCUUGACAACUCUAAACUCCGAGACGACACCAACUUUGAAAUUAGUGUUCCUAAACCAACGAUUCAUCUUCUCAAAGAAGUUUUGGAUGAUUUUGUUUCGAUGAAUCUGUUUCCAGCAAUCGAUAAAUGAAAAUCCGUUCCAUCCGUUCCAUAGACAUAACGCAUCGGGAACAUCAACGACAUCGGGGGGAGGGGGGGGGGGGUCUAGUCUGCUCAAGGGUUAAACCUUGUGCACUUUUCAGCUUUUUUCCCAAAAUUACCUCUCACUUAAAUCUGCUUGGCCUCAAGGAUUGUUUAUUACUCUCUAUAUAGAGUUCCUUGCGAAAACAUUUUACCAAUUAAUUCAAUUAAAAGUUUGGGAAAUUGGAAUGGCAGAUGCCUUUGUAUUACUAUAAGUUAUUGGCGACUUACCUUCAUUCAAAUGCAAAAUCUUGUUCGAUACAUCGAAAAUUUUUUCCUGGUUUAACUUUUUUUGUACAUUAAAUUGGUACACAUUUUUACAUGUUGUAAUCUGAGAUUCUGAGGGGAAAAAAUGUAAAACUGACCAU